GCCCGCCCUAGCCUUGGGGAGGGGGCGGAGCAGGGGGAGCCUUAUAACUGGUACGAGUUUGGGAUCCUGGAACCCUGCUCAGCCUCGGGAGGCGAAGCUCUCUGUACCUUGGGAAGCUGACUGGCCAAUCGCAGGCCGGAAGAUGAAGGUUCUGUGGGCCACGCUGCUGGUCACCUUACUGGCAGGAUGCCUGGCGGAGGUAGAGCCAGAACUGGACGCCGAGUUGACAAAUCGGGUGGGAUGGCAGGGCAGCCAGCCCUGGGAGCAGGCCUUGGGCCGUUUCUGGGAUUACCUGCGCUGGGUGCAGACGCUGUCUGACCAGGUGCAAGAGGAGCUGAUGACCACACAGAUCACCCAGGAACUGACGGUGCUGAUGGACGAGACCAUGAAGGAGGUGAAAGCCUACAAGGCGGAGCUGGAUAGCCAGUUGGGCCCCAUGGCGGAGGAGACUCGGGCCCGGCUGGCCAAGGAGGUGCAGGCGGCGCAGGCUCGGCUGAGCGGGGACAUGGAGGACGUGCGCAAUCGGCUGACCCAGUACCGCAGCGAGGUGCAGACCAUGCUGGGCCAGAGCACCGAGGAGCUGCGGGCUCGCUUCGCCACGCACCUGCGCAAGCUGCGCAAGCGCCUGAUGCGCGACUGGGAGGAUCUGCAGAAGCGCCUGGCCGUGUACCGGGCCGGGGCGCGCGAGGGCGCCGAGCGCGGGGUGGGUGCCAUCCGCGAGCGCCUGGGCCCCCUGGUGGAACAGGCCCGCGUGCGGACCUCCACUCUGGGCACCGAGGCCGGUCAGCCCCUGCGCGAACGUGCCCAGGCCUUGGGAGAACGGCUGCGAGGGCGAUUCGAGGAGAUGGGCACCCAGGCCCGAGACCGCCUGGAGGAGGUGCGGGAACAGGUGGAGGAGGUGCGCGCCAAGGUGGAGGAGCAGGCCCAGCUGGUGCGCCUGCAGGCCGAGGCCUUCCAGGCCCGCCUCAAGGGCUGGUUCGAACCCCUGGUGGAAGAUAUGCAACGCCAGUGGGCCAGCCUGGUGGAAAAGAUACAAGCCACCGUGAAGGCCAACCCCACCACCACCGCCGUGCCGCCCGUGGAGAGUGACUGAGUGCCCCCCACUUUCCCCCCCCCCCGCUGCGCCCUGCCCCCCCCCCAACACCACACUGGCCUCCUGGUGGUCUUCACGAAAUAAAGGUUUGCCAAGCUUCUCAGCA